AUGCUGGGCUCGGUGAAGAUGGAGGCCCAUGACCUGGCCGAGUGGAGCUACUACCCGGAGGCGGGCGAGGUCUACUCUCCGGUGACCCCAGUACCCACCAUGGCCCCCCUCAACUCCUACAUGACCCUGAACCCUCUGAGCUCUCCCUACCCCCCGGGGGGGCUCCCUGCCUCCCCACUUCCCACUGGACCCCUGGCGCCCCCGGCGCCCACAGCACCCCUGGGGCCCACCUUCCCAGGCCUGGAUGCCAGCAGUGGUGGUGGCAGCAGCCCAGGGUAUGGGGGCCCGGGACCAGGGCUGGUGCAUGGGAAGGAGAUACCGAAAGGGUACCGGCGGCCCUUGGCACAUGCCAAGCCGCCAUAUUCCUACAUCUCGCUCAUCACCAUGGCCAUCCAGCAGGCGCCGGGCAAGAUGCUGACCCUGAGCGAGAUCUACCAGUGGAUCAUGGACCUCUUCCCCUACUACCGGGAGAACCAGCAGCGCUGGCAGAACUCCAUCCGCCACUCGCUGUCUUUCAACGACUGCUUCGUCAAGGUGGCGCGCUCCCCAGACAAGCCGGGCAAGGGUUCCUACUGGGCCCUGCACCCCAGCUCAGGUAACAUGUUUGAGAAUGGCUGCUACCUGCGCCGCCAGAAGCGCUUCAAGCUGGAGGAGAAGGUGAAGAAAGGGGGCGGCGGGACCUCUGCCUCCAGGAACAGUGCGGGGUCAGCCUCCUCGACCACCACCCCCACUGCCACAGUCGCCUCUCCGCCGCAGGCCCAGCCUCCAGCCCCCGAACCUGAGGCCCAGGGUGGGGAAGAUGUGGGGACUCUGGACUGUGGCUCACCCCCAUCCUCCACACCCUAUUUCACUGGCCUGGAGCUCCCGGGGGAGCUGAAGCUGGAUGCACCCUACAACUUCAACCACCCUUUCUCCAUCAACAACCUGAUGUCGGAACAGACACCAGCACCUCCCAAACUGGACAUGGGAUUUGGGGGCUACGGGGCGGAGGGUGGGGAGCCCGGGAUCUACUACCAGGGCCUGUAUUCCCGCUCUCUGCUUAACGCGUCCUAG